AAAUUUCUUCUACUGCUCAUUGGAAUUCUUCAUAUCUCGUUUGCUUUUCCUCCCUCUGGUUUUCUUCUUCCUCGGUUGCUUGCUGUUUGUAUCCUGUUACUAAUAAGAGCUGAAAGAGCUUCUUCUUGUGUUGCUCUAAUGGCGCGGCUUGUUCUGCUGGCCGGUUUCUUUCUCGGCCUGGUUUGUUGCACCGAGGCUUAUGAUUUCUACGUGGGGGUAAGAAGUGGCUGGGUGUUGAAGCCUGCUGAGAAGUACAAUAGCUGGGCUGAGAGGAUGAGAUUUCAAGUGAAGGAUAAGCUUAUUUUUAAUUAUAAGAAAGGGGAGGACUCUGUUCUUGUGGUGAAGGAGGAGGAUUAUGAGUCCUGCAACACGAAGAAUCCGAUAAAGAAGUUUGAAGAUGGCAAAUCUGUGUUUAUUUUUGAUAAAUCGGGGCCUUUCUUCUUUAUCAGCGGCGCAGAUGGCCACUGUGCUCAAGGGCAGAAGCUUAUUGUUGUAGUCAUGGCAGUCAGAAAUAAGCCAGUCCAUCCACCGCCGACCUCCUCUCCUCCACCAUCUUCUCCUGCAACUCCUCCUUCUUCAGCUUCUACACCGUCUCCAUCCCCUGUUCCAGGAGCUAAACCUCCAUCCUCUUUUCCACCAUCGAUUUCUCCUUCCCCUGCUCCGGUGGUGAAACCUCCAACAUCUUCUCCCUCCCCAGCUCCGGCGAUCAAGCCUCCAUCUUCUUCUCCAUCUCCCGCUCCGGUGAGUAAGACUCCAUCCUCCUCUCCCUCCCCUUCUCCGACUGCUACAUCUCCGUCCUCUUCUCCAUCUCCUGCUCCAGUCACUAAGACUCCAUCCUCCUCUCCCUCUCCAACUCCGGAUGCUAUAUCUCCAUCCUCUUCUCCUUCCCCUACCCCGUCUUCCUCUUCUUCUCCUGCAAUUUCCCCUGCUUCAUCCCCUGCUUCAUCCCAAGCAAAAUCUCCUUCGCCUUCUUCGACUUCACCUGCAACCCCAGCAGCUGGACCGGGAGCAUCGGAGCUUUCACCUCCACCUACUUCUUCGACUCCAGGAAGCGGUGGAAGCAGCGGCGGCAGUGGGGUUCCGGUGACACCUACUCCCUCCUCCAACUCCACCUCAACCCCGACGUCCUCUUCAGCUCAAACUAAGUCGAUUUCAAGACUACCUUAUGCGAUAUUUACUUUGUUCUUAGGAGCUGUUGUUCUGUUUUAAUUUUUUUUUUCCCUUCAUUUUGUUGAAUUGAUGAUCAUAUGAUGUUCUUUUAGUGCAAUUUGUUCUUCCCCUUUUAUUAAUAAAAAUACAGAAUUAAAAUUGUUGCCUUUUA